AUGACCACCUCUCUAUCCCAUAAAGAGGCUCUAAGCCAGGCUAAGAAUCUCAGCGUUCCUGAACAAAUCACCCGAUCCUUGGCUCAAGUGUUCCAACAUGCCCAAUCCUCUUAUGUUGGCCAUCGUAAACAUUUGGUGGUGAUGAGAACAAUUCAACAACGAGCAUUUGAUUUGGGGUUCGAAGACGCGUUUAAUAUCUCAUUCUGCCGGUUGGUUAAUAAAGUGCUUCCCAUAAAGAAGGCUGAGCAGGUAGCUGAUCGGAUUGCCAAAUUAGUGGUUAAUUUCAUAUCUAGUAUCCAAGACGAUGAACCUACAAAAGAAGGAGAACAGGAAGAUGAAGAAGAGGAAGAGGAUACUGUGGGUUCACGAUUUACCAAGUACUUUAUUCACCAUUUGCUUCGAGGGGUGGAGUCCAAAGACAAGAACGUUCGGUAUCGUGUAAUGCAUCUUCUUUCACUUGUGGUAAAUAGUAUUGGAGAAAUUGAUAAUGAAUUAUACAACGUAUUGAUCUGGGAGGUUCAUAAGCGGUUGUUCGAUAAAGAACCGAACGUCAGACUAAAGGCCGUCCUAUGUCUUACGCGAUUUCAAGAAGAAGAUGUGGAUCUUUCUGACGAAAAUAGCGCGAUUGCCAAAUUAUUAUUUGUGAUCCAAAAUGAUUCAUCGGCCGAAGUUAGACGUGCUGCUUUGUUGAACUUGGAUAAAAACGAGAUCACUUUACCGUAUCUUAUGGAAAGAGCCAAGGAUGUCAAUUCCAUCAAUAGAAAAUUAGUGUAUUCAAGAAUUGUCAGAGAAAUCGGGGAUUUCAGAUUGUUGGAUCGUAAAAUGCGUGAAAAAAUCUUGACUUGGGGGCUCAAAGAUAGAGAAAACCUUGUUCAACAAGCUGCCAUCAAAAUGUUUUGCUCCCAAUGGUACGAGAAUUGUAAUAGUGACUUGAUGGAAUUACUUGAAAGAUUGCAUUUGAUAAAAAGCGAAAUUGCCGAAACCGCCAUGAAGUUCUUUUUUGAACAGCGGCCACAAAUGGUGCACAAAAUUCAAUUUGAAGAUGAGUUUUGGAGAAAGCUAAAUGUUGAAGCUUCAUUUUUGGCAAAAAUGUUUUACAAUUAUUGUAUUACAAACGACUUGAACGAAAUGAUUGAAAAAAAUUUCCCAGUGACAACGGAGUUUGCUGGCCUAUUAACCAAGUACUUGAAAGUUAGAAAGGCUACGGUAUCGGAAGAUACAGAAAAUAUUGAUGACAUUAAUUUUGUCAUUGAGCAACUAUUAUCGAUUGCCAAAAAUUACGACUUUGGUGAUGAAGUUGGAAGAAGAGAAAUGCUACAGACCUUAAGAAUGUCACUAUAUGAUGAUUUAACUGACUCCCAAGUGGAGAUUGCUUUAAAAGUCCUCAAGAAAAUCUCGAUCAAUGAAAAAGAUUUUUGCCAAUUGGUCAGUGAAAUAAUUAUUGACAUUCGUGAUGAGGACGAAGAAUUCAGCAUGGAUAUGGAAAUGGAUUUUGAAACCACGGAUGCUGAAGAAGUGGCAAGCAAUAAGCUUAAAGUUAAUAGAGCUCUUCAAAUUCUUUCGAUAUGCCAACAUAUGCUUGAAUUGACCCAUGAGCCACUUCGUGGUAACAUUCCAGUGACUUCUUUGUUAGAUAGCGUUAUCAAUCCGGCAAUUCGUUCGAAAGUUUCCGCAAUCCGUGAAGGCGGGGUCAAAUGUCUCGGGUUAUGCUGCUUGUUAGAUGACAUGUUAGCGACAGAACAGCUUGCAUUUUUUGGGAUCUGUUGUGCUAAAGGUAACGGUGACUUGCACUCUCUAUGUUUAAAAAUCAUAUUUGACAUUUUAUCGGUGCAUGGGCCUAAAGUGUUGGACGUUGAGGGGUGUGUUGAUUCUCUUUCCAUGCAUAAGUUACUAUUCAGAUCAUUAAAGAAAUAUGAAAUUCCCGUGGUCCAAGCGAUUACUGCAGAGGGAUUAUGCAAACUUUAUCUUAAUGACGUUUUCAAUGACGAAGAAUUGUUCGAGACUUUGUUAUUGGCGUACUUCCAUCCUCAAAACUCAACAAAUGAAGAUUUAAUUCAAGCUUUAUCAUUUUGCUUGCCAGUUUAUGCUUUUUCUCAUCCAAGACAUCAAGAAAAAGUUGCAAAAGUUGCAGCAGACUCAUUCAGUAGACUGUUCAAGACAUUUGAAGAACUCCAAGAGGCCGAGGAUUCUGCAGGAUUGUCCAUGACUUCUCCAUCAGUUAUAAUUCAACAAUUAAUUCAUUGGACAGAUUCAUACAAUAUUGUCAACUGCUCAGAUGCCACUAAGGAAUUGCUGAAAUAUCAUUUGAUAUUCGUGAUGGAUUUACUCGAUACCAUGUUAAAAUCGGACAAUAAACUUUAUUGUAAAACAGUGGCGAUGAAUUUAUCCAAGUUCAUUAUCUCUGAAACUCUUACUAAAGAAGAUCUUGACAAUCUUUACGAUAAGGCGGUACAAGCUAAGGACGAAGUCGAAACCAACGUGGAAGGUAUUGACAAAGCUUCAAUUAAUGCUUUGAAUAAAUUUAUUUCCUCAAUAGCAGAGGUCCUGGCAAUCAUUGAAGAAAUCGAGAAAGAUAAACCAAAGGAAAAUAAUGAAGAGUUUGUGAAAGCGUUGACAGAACCAUCGGAAGAGGAAAAGAAGCAAGAGAAGGGAGAGGAAGAUCUGUUGGAGGCUAUUGCAGGCGAGGCAAAUGAAGAUGAUUUGGCUAUUCCGGAGACUUCGCUAAUGAAACUACCAUCGAACCAGUCCAUCAUUAUCAGGGAAUAUGAUGAUGAUGACGAUGAAGAUGAAGAAGAGGGAGAUUUUGAUAAUGGAGACAUUUUGGUGAGCAAAGUAGAAAACACAGAUGAUGAUGAAGUGUUGCAAAGUGCAAAUAAUAGCGCAUCAACCAUAAAAGGUAGCAAACUUGAUGCGGAUAUCGAUAAUUCACCGACUGGCAGUAGAAGACGUAUAUCUGGAGCAACAACCAAAAACGAUACCAAAUUGGGUUCCAAAAAAGAUGAAAAAGAUGUAAAUAAUGACGGGGAAGAAGAUUCUGAUGAGGAAGAGUACGAUGAAGAUAUUGACCAUUCUUCAAUAAUGCAAGUUGAUACCACAAAUAACUCGAGUGAUUAUUCUGAUGAGGACGAAGAUCUAUCACUGGAUUGA